AUGUCUAUAAUUCCGUACAAUUUUGAGCCUUUGGUUACCGAUGUUGAUAACUAUGAUUAUUUGGAAAACGAAGAAUCAGUAGUUAGUUACAACGAUAGAUCUAAAUUAGCUGUAACAGAUUGGUGCUCGUGUGGAAAAUGUGAAAAACAAAUAAAUGAUCGUGAAUGUGUUUGUUGUUUUGAACUUGCGAAUAUUUUUAAAAUGUGCACAAACAAUGAGUGCAUAACAAAAAGUGCCUCAUUUUCAAAAAUUAUAUUAGAUGAAGACAUUUUAAAAAUUACCAGACAAUACAAAAUUUCAAAAACAAAGAAUAAAACAAAAAAAGAAGUUUACAAUCAGCUACUAUGGAAAAUAAAGCAUGGCGAUAUAUUUGCUACAAACAGUUUACACUUUGGGUUAAUUCAUGGAUGA